AUGUUUUUAAUACAUAUCUUCUCACAGGGCAGUCGUGACUGGUCCGAUGUAGGUGAUGCUCGAUCUACUCUCUUAGGUCGCCGUCUUCAAGCUGGAAAUCGAGUACCAAGCCUCUCUCUGCCAUCAGAUCACAUAGGCCAAUUGGAAAUCAACGUAGCUACAGCCCACCGCGCCCCCUCUUUAUACCAAGAGCUACAGCAUGGACUCUUUUCCCCACAUCAGCCUCAUGAGAUACUUCACUCCAGCCCAUCAACUCUGGAUGAAGUUGACACCGACAAGCUGCGUGGUCUGGCCCAAUGGCAAGCCGUAUUUAAUGAAGUUGACCAAUUCGACAUUGAAGCCGAAGAGCUAGAAAAUGCAUUUCCAACAGUUUCGAGUUUAGGCUCCUCUUCAACAUCAGCGGAAGAGGAGGAAAAUGAAAUGCUAGAAGGUGGCCUGCGCUUUUCCUCUGCUGAAUCGAUGCCAUUUACAGGUGGCUCUGGAGGAAAGCAGAUCUCAGAAGGAGGGGUCAGUGGUGAUGUCAAAGACAGUGUCAGAGUUCUCGGCCCUGGACACAAUAGAUUAUCACUCGGUCUGCUAGUUCGUAGUGAAGCGGGGCCGUUAAGUGAUCGAGCCCACCAGCUAACUUACUCUAGUUUACUUCUUUCUCUCACUACCCUUCUUCUCCUUCCAAUUAUCCUGAAAUUGCGCGUGCAAUCAGAUUCCUGA